UUGGAAUUUGGGGAUUUUUGGGGAUUUGGGAUUUAGGAGGGACUCAGAGGGGCUCGGGAUGGAUCCAGGGAAGUUUGGGAUGGAUCCAGAGGGUCCAAGAUGGAUCCAGGGAAGGUCAGGAUGGAUUUGGAGAGAUCUGAGAUGGAUCCAGAGGCUCCUGAUGGAUCCAGGGAUGGUCAGGACGGAUCCAGAAGUGUUUGGGAUGGAGCUGGAGAGGUUUGGGAUAGAUCCUGGGAAGUUUGGGAUGGAUCCAGAGGCUCCUGAUGGAUCCAGAGAGGUUCAAGAUGGAUUCAGGGAUGGAUCCAGAGGCUCCUGAUGGAUCUGGAGAAGCUCAAGAUGGAUCCAGGGAUGGUCAGGAUGGAUCCAGAAGUGUUUGGGAUGGAUCCAGAGAUUCCUGAUGGAUCCAGAGAGGUCCAAGAUGGAUCCAAGGAGACUCAGGAUGGAUUUGGAGAGAUCUGAGAUGGAUCCAGGGAUGGAUCCAGAGGUUCCUGAUGGAUCCAGGGAUGGUCAGGACGGAUCCAGAGAGGUUAAAGAUGGAUCUGGAGAGGUUUGGGAUGGAUCCAGAGAUUCCUGGUGGAUCCAGGGAUGGUCAGGAGGGAUCCAGAGAACUGGGAUGGGUUUGGGGAGAGGCUCCUGAUGGAUCUGGACAGGUCUGGGAUGGAUCCAGGGAUGGAUCCAGAGACUCUGGAUGGAUCCAGGGAAGUCUGGGAUGGAUCUAAAGGGGUUUGGGAUGGAGCUGGAGAGGUCUGGAACGGAUCUUGGGAAGUUUGGGAUGGAUCCAGAGGAUCUUGAUGGAUCCAAGGAGACUCCAGGAUGGAUUUGGGGAGGUCUGAGAUGGAUCCAGGGAAGUUUGGGAUGGAUCCAGAGGGUCCUGGUGGAUUCAGGGAAGUCUGGGAUGGAUCUAAAGGAGUUUGGGAUGGAUCUGGAGAGGUCUGAGGUGGAUCCAGGGAUGGAUCCAGAGGCUCCUGGUGGAUCCAGAGGAGUUCAGGAUGGAUCUGGAAGCUCGGGAUGGAUCCAGGGAAUUUGGGGAUGGCUCAGGAGGGAUCCAGGGAAGCUCCAGAAGCUGGGGCAGCAUCCCAGGAUUUCCCUCCCUGCCCCAGCCACUUCUCCUGGAAUUAUUGGGAAUUAUCCUGGAAUUAUUAUCCUGGAAUUAUUAUCCUGGAAUUAUUGGGAAUUCUCCCCACCUUGGGAAUCCCUUGGAAUUUUGGCAUUUGGGAUUAUUCAGGAGCCAUGGAUUGAAGCUGAACCCGCUCAGGAAUUCAAUUCCCACCUUCCCAGCCGGAUCCAGGGGUGGGAAUUCCCAAAUUCCCAAAUCCCUGGAAGAGCCGGUUUUCCAUGGGAUAUUUUGUCAGGAGCUUCCUCUUCCUCCUCUUCCUCCUCCUCCCUUCCCAGCCCCUGGAGCUCCUCCCCAGAAAUCCAAUUUAUUGGGGCUGGGAACGGAUUUUUGGGAAUUUCUGCUGGAUUUAGGAAGGGGAAUUCACCCCAAAAAAAAGUGGAAAAUUCAGGAUUAAUCCAAAUUUUUGUGGGGUUUUUCCCAGUUGUUUGGGAAUUGUUCCUAUCCCUGGGAACUGGAGGGGAAAAGUUCACCUGGAGUCUCCCUUGUGUCCAUUUUCCCUGGAAAAUUCACCUAAAAAAUUGGGAUUUGGGCCUUUUCUCCCCACCCAAGCCGGGAUUUUCUGGGAUAAUGUGGAAUUCUGGCCUGGAUUUAGUGGGAAAAAUCCCAAAAUAUCCACAGGGAUCCCGUGGGGCUGAGCCCUGGGAAGCUCCAGGAACUCGUUUUUCCCGUUUAUCCCGAAAUUCUUUGAAUGCUCCCAGAAUUCUCUUCCUGGGAAAAGCCUCCGGAGUGGGGUGGGAGGGAUUUUUCCGAGGGAUUUUUGGGAUCCUCAUCAUUUUCCGGGAGAUUUUCCUGCUCCUUUUUGAGGAAAAUCCAUGGAUUUUUUUGGGAUUUUCACCUCCCACCCCUGUGGAUUUUGGGAUUUCAGGAUUUUGGGAACUGUGGGAAUCUCGGGAUCUCCUCCAGGGCCGGAAUUCCCUGCUUGGAAGUGAAUUUAACAAUUUUUGUGGAUUUUUUGGGAAAGUUAAUCCCCAAAAUUCCCCCUUCCCAGGGAUCAGCACUUCCAUAAAACCUCAAUUUUCCCAGAUUUCUUUGGAUUUUCAGUGAGCACCACACCAAAUUCCAGCUUUUUUCUGGUUUCCAUGGCAG